AUGACGUCGGUCACGCUGCAUGGCGUUACUGAUACGUUAUCAGGCCAAGACGAGAAGUACGCAUCAGCACUAGAAACUGCGGCAGCGGCGUUCCGAGAAGCCGAACAACUUUUCAACGAUCCAGCCUUCGCGCAGAAGAUAGGAUGGAAGGUGGACGAAGAGAAUGAUGAAGGCGACACUGUCUAUGCAAAGCACACCCCCAAAGGCAAGAUGGUUGCUAUAACGAAUGACAAACAUGCUUAUAGUUCCAGUAAAGUUGUGAUGGAACUUUAUCGGCAGUUUUGCUCAAAAGCUAACGGCGUCACGCUUGCAGACGUAGCAGCGCGCAAACUUGAAUGUGAGAACAAAGAAAUGUGCAGAAUUGAUUCUCAUUUGAACCUGAGAAACUUUCAGACGGAAUUGCCUCUCGAUGUUGAUUCGGUAAUGAACGAAACGUGGACUGGCCUAGAUGCAUUGCCCAAAUGGAAUCCUAACAUCAAUUUUGCUCGUACAGUUGCAGCUCCUACCCCAUACUUUGAUAUAAUCACUUACGGAAACAACGAUGUACUGAUAGUCAGUGGAAGGGAUUUUGUUUCCGCGAGAAUAUACAGAAACACGCCUACAGGAUAUAUUAUGGCCUCACGUAGUGUUCGACUGAAGGAGGUUCCCGAGCAGAAAGGAAAAGUCCGGUAA